CGUAGAGGAAUUUGAUUGAACCAUCAAAAUCGUUGUCAAAACUCAAAAGUAAUCUCCAGAUGUAAACGUUCUAGUCGAGCAGCUGAAGCGCGCCAAAUGAGCACGGAGGGAGCUAAAAGCAUAUUUAUGAAAAUGCUCGCAAACAAAAAAGGAAGUGAUCUCAGCAGGCUGUUAAUUUCCUGUUCUGAGAGAUUUGUUCCUGUACAAUUGCCGAGGACUUGAUGCAGCUUUUGUGGAUUUAUUUAUGAAACAAACGUGCCAGCUGUUUCGCGGCAAAGUCUACUGCAUUAAUGCAGACCAGGGAUUAAAAAUGUAGCCACUUAGUUGACACUUUGCUUCUGUGGACUUCGCUGCUUAAAAAUCGAAAUCAACAUCGGCAAGUAAGCUGGAUGCCAUGGACAGCUCGGUCACCCUGUGGCAGUUCCUGCUGCAGCUGCUGCUGGAUCGGAGCCAGGAGCAGCUCAUCUGCUGGACCAACCAGGAGGGCGAGUUCAAGCUGCUGCAGGCCGAGGAGGUGGCCAAGCUCUGGGGCGCGCGCAAGAACAAGCCCAACAUGAACUACGACAAGCUCAGCCGGGCCCUGCGCUACUACUACGAGAAGAACAUCAUCAAGAAAGUCAACGGCCAGAAGUUUGUGUACCGCUUCGUCUCCUACCCGGACAUCCUGAAGGGGGAGCCCCUGAGCCGAGCCGAGGGAGCUGGGGAGGGAGACGGCCUGGGUGUCCCAGGGAGCCCCAGUGGUUCGCUGCGGGACAAGGAGAACAGCGACAGCGGAGGAGCAGGAUGUCUGGAGAAGGCUGGAAGUGUUGCCGUGCUCGGGGCAGCCGCGGCGGCGCAGGCUAAGGCCACCGGCCGCAACGACUACAUCCACUCGGGCCUCUACACCACCUUCACACUGACCUCGCUGCAGUCCGGCACGCAGCUCUUCAAGUCCAUCAAGAUGGAGAACCCGGGAGAGAAGCUCAUGGCCGAGAAGAAGGGCACCCUGGAGCUGAGCCAGCCACAGCCACAGAUACAGCACACACUGCAGCAGCAGCAGCAGCAACCGCCACAGCAGCAGCUGCAGUCAUCCGCCCCGUCUGUCAUCCGCUUCGGGACCAUCCCAGGCAGCCGUCCACCUGCCACAGGCUCCCCUGUGGACACCAAGCCCAAACCCCUGCCACUAGCCUCCCUCACACAGUCCGUGGUGCACCCCCUCCAGGCCCUGACUGCUGCCGGCAACGUAGAGGUGGCCCUGACGCAGACCACCACCGGCUCCUUUGAGGACACCCUGGUCACCGCCGCCGGCUCCUCAUCCGUCCCCAUCUUCAGCCUGACGGGGAUCCACUCCGGCUCGUCCUCGCCGACCAACACGGUGCCGGACUCCAGCCAGGAGCUGGUCAUCGACAGCGACAUCGAAUCCUCCUCUCAGACAUCGGAUAUACAGAGACAGGGACAGUCCUCCUCCAGCGCUCCCCAGAGCACAGGACAGGGGCAAGGGCAGGGAGGAGGAGGAGGAGGAGGAGGAGGGGAGGCACAGCUGUCCCUGGUACGCGGCGGGCCCCAGAGCGGCAAGGCUCGAAAGCCCAAAGGCCUGGAGCUGAUGCCCACGCUGGUGGUGACCAGCUCUGACUUCAGCCCCAUGGGCCUGUCCAGCCCCUCACUGCCCACCGCCUCACUCACACCCGCAUUCCUGCAGACCCCCACACUACUGCUGACACCAAGCCCUUUCUCCAAUAUUCACUUUUGGAGCACGCUCAGUCCGGUCGCUCCUCUCAGUCCUGCUACUCGCAGACAGGGCGCCAACACCUUGUUCCAGUUCCCCUCCGUCCUCAACUCGCAGUUCACCAUACCCAGCCUGCACAGCAACCUGGAUGGCACCAUUACACCGGGGCCCCUCUCGCCGGACCCCCCAAAGACAUAAGACGACCCGCUGUCCACAACCCUCCUACCACAUCUCGACCAUCCAAAGACACACUUCAAUCAUUCUCUUAUUGACCCCCUCCUCUUGUCCCUUCAUCUACCUGCACCAUCCUAAAGGGAAACGUGCUGAGCUGAGUCUCGUGUACUGUAACUUCACCAUCCCUGGAAAACCCCCGUAACGUUUUUCACUACCUUGGACCCCUACUACUCGGCUCUUCGAAUCCCAAACGGUUCUGUUCUGGAGAACCAAAAUCAGGGUUAGGCAUCUGCCAUGGCCAUUUGAUUUCAUUUGCUCGUUUGUUUUGAGACGGCACUCAAGAAACGGAACCUCACCAUUCUUGGAUUCCGAUUGGUGGAGUGAGGUGACUGUUCUGUUGUUUUCCCCGCCCUCUCUCUCUCGCUCUCUGACAAACGCUCCUCUCCAUGUUGAGAGAUGCACAGGCUCCUUCCUCAGGAAAUAAAAACUAACUACGACCUAUGACAUUAGAAAGGAGCUUUUGGUGAGUGGUGAAGAUGCUGUGUUGUACGACCUUUGGAGGUUAACAGAAUGCACCAAUCAGAUGAGUGGCAGUGCCUCGUGCGGGUGACAUAAGGAUCGUCCUUACACGUUAGAAGAACUCUUCGAGUGGCCUUUCAUGGAUGCAGCUGAGCUGAACUUGUCCUUGUUAGGAACGGUUUAUUUAAGGGGGAAAUUUUUGUGUUCUGUUUUAAAAUUAUGCCCUUGUUAUGCACCUGUUGGUAUGACUAAGGCAGACCACUCUUGAUGACCUUUUAAUGUUUUUGUAAGAGAAACAUGUUUUGUUUGCUUGUUUGUUUUCCCCCUGGGGUUCAGUCAGUGGUGACCUUAAAGUCAAAACCUUUUGAACUAAUACCUAAUUGUGACCUUUUCUUCUUUGAACCCUCCUCCCCCCACAAAAAAAACCCUGCAUUGUGUUGUGACUGGCGAUAAGGUGGCAUCUGUGUCUCACGACAGAUUACAGAUUGGCUUGAAGAAAGUGGCAUUUUGCCAUUAAUUAAGCCAGAAAAUGGCCUCUUAGACAGAUAACCCCUCCUGAAUUAACACCAAUUGGAUAUGAGCAACUCUGGCAGUAGGACUGCUCUCUCAGUGCGCUCUUUGACGGUCCAAUGUCAUAGCUUUUUACAGUUGUGUCCUGUACAAAAAUGACUUUGAUCGAAAGGAAAAGUGGAGUUCUGGAAUCAUUUGCACUUUGGUAUAAUCAGUAGGUAAUAACAGGGAAAGCUGAGACUGUUAACAGCGCAGGAUUAUAUGGAUGGCUGCAGGGAAAGUAUUUCUUAGUGUGUGAAGGCAGGUCUUUGGGACGGCUGAUCAUAUGUGGAAACAUAGCGUUACUACUACAGUAGCUUAUUGCAUGGAUGUUUGCAGAGCUUGGUGUAGGACACUCCUUCCCUUGACAUUGUUUGGCAUGCAGUAGAAUGAGAUUAACUUUGGUGGAAGACAUGCAAUAGUUAAUUCCAUUGAUUCCAUCCAUGAAAGAUAAAUAUUUACUCAAGAGCUGGAUUAUUUUGAAGAAAGAAAGUUUUAAGAAUGGUUGAAUGUGAUUACGGAUGGCUUGGUGCAAUGAAUUCUUUUGAGGGAUCCUUGUAGUAAACUAUCCUACCCUUGGCCCUAGACUCGGAGCUGGAUCACCUGCUUUGACCUGAGCUGGCCUCACCCCUCCCAUAGAGACAAUAAAGGAGUUUAUUCAGACACUCUAGUGUACAGUAGUUGCUUCAGGGAUCAGACAGUGCAGUUAUGUAUAAAGAGUCUUGUUUUGCAGCUUAGUCCACAUGAAACCUGCGGUCUGCACUGCAGCCAUGCCUGCCAUUGUGCCAAAGCAUCUCAUUGGUCGCUCGUUUUGCAGAACAUCAGUAGCUUCUGUGGCCCUUGGUGUAUUUGUAAUUUUAGACUGCCGUCUUUCAUGGACAUAAGGAUCUUAGUCACAGGUAAAUUGCCACCUCUUAUAGGAUUAUGAAAGCACUUCAUCCAAGAGAAGGCUUCUCUUUUUCGCUCCUUGAAACAUGGAUUGUAUUUGUAACUCAAUCACCUCUCUGUACUACUGGCCAUAGAAAAGUGCAGUCCCCUACCUCGAUCCCUAGGCUUUCUGCCCUUGAGUCGGACUGAAGGAGAAAGCCAUGCUUCAAAGACAAACUUCACCAGCACUUAAUCGCUACUUGUAACUGGAAUCCAUGUCAUAGUUGUAGGCACUUAUCUAAUCUUUUUUUAUUUGAACAUGUAACCUUCUAAUCACUUUUGAUUUUGUGUGUCUGUGUAUUGAAAUGAAUUCCGAUGUGACUUACCUUCUCCUCAACCCCACAGUCCUUCAAAACUACGCACACAAAAAAGAGCCCUCCUUGUCCUGUUGUUGUGAUGGCACAGGGGGCCGACCACUUUAGCCUAGACGAAAGCCGACUGUUGACUCACACAGUCUGGACCAAGCGAAGAGCAAUCUGUUUCCAUGGAGGGUGGGAGAUGGUCUGACCCAACUCUGCAAUUUAAAUUAAUUGGCGUUCCGAAUUCAAAUUCAAAGUGUUCAAAUUCAAAGCAUGACUUAAUGUGUUGCCAAAGCAUACAAGUAACAAGAGAAAAGUGUGAAUAGUGUUACCAUAACCAAUCAAUAACGGACUCUGCGGAUGAGUUCUGCGUCACCACUCUCAACUGUUUACUGAUUGGCAGAACCAUGAGCGAACCGAGCUAGGAGGGUUGGGCCAGACUAUGUACGGAGGCAAAAUCUUUGGGUGGAAGUGCGUAGGAUGGCGUCGCCAGGCUGGCCGACCACCUCAUAGUUAAUUAUUUAGUUAUCUGAGUUUACAGUAUCAGGCUGUAUUACGUUGUACUUUCCAGAGAAUCAAGAUGAGGUUGUUGAGUUGUUCCCUUCAUGCUUGGUCCUUGUGCCAGAAUAGUUUUUAUCUGAAUCACACUCCCACUCAAGAAAGAAAUAAUCUCAGGUAAAUGGUCAUGUCAUGUGUUAGGUUCAAUUACCAGCUAAGGGAAUAUUCUCUCUCCUGGAGGCAAGCAAAGCUCUUAAGGGAUAAGCUUUGUUUUGCUCUUCUUCGAAGCCAUACAUACCUAGUUGACAGAGUUUGCAAUUCACAGCCUGGUCCACUGAGAUUGGUGCUGUACAGCAAUUGAACACAAACGCUGGAAUGGAAAGGCCAUGUAUAAAUGGUGCCUUAUUUUGCAAGUUGGAUGUGUUUGCCCAAUGAGAUGGGGGCAGUAGGCCGUGUACUCUCAGUCAGAAAGAAGAUGAUUGCAAUUGAUACAAAAUGGAUAGGGAAUGUUCUGGAAUGUUAUUUUUUUCCUAUACCCCUUAGUAUGCACAUUAUGCUGUUUUCUCUAGGAAAUGAAUUUAAAAUUGCAUUACAAUGGGAUUCUCAAUGGGAGCUUUUUUUUUUUUUUUUUUUUUUUUUUAAAGGCAGAUCUAUUGUAGUAUUUUAAUCUUUUAGAAAUAUGUAUAAAUAUGUUUUUAAAAUUGACUUUUGGAAUUUGCAAAUACACCAUGUUAUUUUGAACAUUUUUCCCCAAUGCUUAAGCCUGUGCCAUCGCCCUUAUGUCCUCUGAUCUGUAACCUUUCGUCUGGGCUGUGGCGUCCCGGGCUUCUCCACAGUACACUGUGCAGUGUUAAAUCAACACUUGCAGGGUCAAAUGUAACACCCAUGGUGUUGGUUUUACUGUUUAAGCGUUGAAUUGACUCUAUAAAGUGUCCUGUGCAUUGUCUUUUUUGUUCUGGGGUGCCUUUCUCAAAAUCAUAGUAAUUGAUAACUACGUUAGCUACUUUGUAAUGCAAUUUCCCAUUGACAACUACCCAAGUUGCUAAGUGGCUAACAACCACGCUUUCGAGAAACGCACCCCUGGUCUUUACUUAUCCCUUUGCCCUGUGUGCCACUAAUGUGGGUGAGGCAUCAAGGCCUCUCCUUUCUCCUGUGCCCACUGCCUAUACUAUAAUGAGGGUGGGCAUGAUUGUCAUGUAAUGAUGUCAUGAAUGCAGUAUGCUAACAACUCCCAGUAUAGCAAACGGUGUAAUGAGGACUGUUGGUUUUUUAUACGUAGAAUAUCUGUCUUUUUCUUCUGUGUAAUUUUGGUGUAGUCUUCUCUAUUCCCUUGCCUCUUUGAGGCCAUUGUGCCCAGAUGUCUUUGCGUUUGUCUGUUUUGUUGUUUCCCUGUCAGACCAGUCAGAUAUGACCAGUCAGUGGACCUAUCCUUUGUGACACUGAAGGUUGGAAAGUAGCAGCCUAACUGAACCAAGCUAACCUAUUGUACAGUAUUUUAAUCUUGUUGAUGCUAAUGUGGUUGACAGUAUUGACACUUAAAAAUUCUUGUUUGUCCAGCAGAAAGCUGCAUAAAAAUUCUUCAUUUUAAAACCACAUAUUUUCUGUUAAGUAUCGCUUGCAUACUUCUUCAGCAGUGCCGAAUGGUGGUGGAGUUGUAUCCUGGGAAUUAGUGAUAAAAUCUGAUGAAAUCUUUUGUGUUAUCUUUUGAAAAGAUAUUUUCAUACAUCCCGCUUUGAUUUUAAAGAAUAGUCUAUGCACAAAAUUCUUUGUGCUGCACAUUUAGGGAGGGUACUUCUAAUAACGUUUAGAGAAAUCCCUUCAGACUUUAAACAAUUCAAGCUCUUAACAAAUGUCUAUUUUCUCUCGUAACUUAGAUUUCUAUGCUAGUUACAUAGUGCGAGAGGGAUAUGCUAUAUUUUAUUUACUAUAGUUUUGAUAAAAUAGAGUUACCAGACAUCUGGUUUUUGAAACAGAUUCAGGUUGGUACAGACAUAAAUAUAGGUCUGUGGGCCAUACAAACUAUAAAUUGUUGCCUUUUUCCUUGUGUGCUAAACAAACCCAGAAAAAUCGUUGAUGGUACCAAUGUAUAUACAUAUAUGCCAUUGCUUUAAAAGUCAACAGCGCUCGCAAAACAUACAUUGUCAAAAAAGAACAAUUAUAUUACUGUUGUUGGACUCAAAUGUUUAAAUGCAAAAAAUGUUUACAAGCUUAAUGUUAAUUGGAGUGUUUGUUGUGCUGUACAUAAAGGUGGAGUGGUAAAUCUGUAUGUUGCAAUCAAACAGGAACUACAUUAAAUAUGAUCUUUGUCAACUGA